AUGGCAGAGGAAGUUCUGGACGAGUGGACCGUCAAGGCGAGCAAUAUCUUGAACAUCAGCCUGGUCACUAAGGCAGAGCAAGGGCGUCCUAAGACCAUCGCAAGCUUUCGACCAACUUGGACCUAUCCCAUCGUUAACAACGAUGAGGAAACGAUCUAUGGCUACAAGGGAUUGAAGAUCAGUCUCCGCUUCAAUGCAUCUGACAUGCGCCCACACAUCUCUCACACAUCAACAAAGAGAGUACCUGCUACCGUUGCGAUCGCCGAGUCGCCAGAGAUUCGAGACCUUUUCGAGCCCUUCCUACCUCCAGUCGCAUUUGGAAAGGCAGCCGACUUUGAAGUCGCUGUCCAAAACAGUUCCGAUGAGUGGCACCCGCCCGGAGAGCUGGUCGAGACGUUCCAAGGCGACACGGAGGAUCUGUAUGAAGUCUGGAGGGGCAAUCUAGCCGAUCCUCUGGUUUUGGCGCUUGUCAAGAGGAUCCAAAUCCUGGUGUCUCUCUUCAUAGAGGCAGGAACGCCAAUACAAACGGAGUCCACAGAAGAUGCCGAGGCGGACUUUCUGGAUCGAUGGACGGUGUUCUUCCUCUAUCAGAAGCAGCCGCGCGCAAACGAGCCUGGAAAGUACACCUACGUAUUUGUCGGAUACUCAACAGUCUAUCGAUUCUUCAUCUUCCGACCUCAGACGCCUGACGGUGGGGCUACUGGCGAUCUUGAACUUCCGACAAAGACAACGCCCUUCUCAGACUUUCCGUGCCGAUCCAGAAUAUCACAGUUCGUCAUCCUGCCACCUUUCCAGCACAAAGGCAAUGGUCAGCGACUGUACAGACCGAUUUUCAAGACGCUUCUCGACGAUCCAAACACCUUUGAGAUCACUGUGGAGGACCCCAGCGAGGCAUUCGACACCCUGAGGGAUAUGGCAGAUCUGGCUUUUCUCCGGGAAAAAUCUGACUUCAAUGAAAUCCGAAUCAACACAAGCGUGACGCUUUCCAAGAACGGCUUUGUGCUGAGCAACAUUGUCGACAAGAAGGUUUUGGAAACGGUGCGCACCAAGUACAAGAUUGCCUCUCGGCAGUUCUCCAGACUGGUCGAAAUGCAUCUCAUGUCAAAGCUUCCAGACUCGGUGCUCACGAAGCUGGAGGACGCGGUACAGGGGAAAGUUAAGAAAGCUGCCACAAAGGCGGAGGAACACGAGUACAGGCUGUGGAAGCUGGUCACCAAGUCGAGGAUUGCAGCUCAGAACAAGGAGCAGCUGAGUGCGCUCAACCUCGACGAGCGGGUCACGAAGCUCAACGAGACGCUGAACAGCGUGGAGCUCGAGUACGCCCUGCUUCUGUCCAUGUUUGAGCAGCGCAAGGAUGCACACUCCAAGACCGAUGGUAAAAAAAGGAAGGCGGAGGAGGAGGCUGAGGCGUCCAGUAGCAAAAAGUCGAAAGCCUAG